AGGGUGAGCCCGCGUCCCGGCGCCGCUGGCUCAGGGCAGGGACCGCCAGGGCCGGACCUCCGGGCCGGCGCCCCCGCGCCCCCGUCGUCCGCCCCGCGCGCCCGCCGGCCAGCCAGAUAAGUCCGGUUUCUUCUGUGGAGGGUACGCGGUUACAGCCUUGAUUUCCUGGAUCUGGUAACAUGGCAAAAGAUGCCAGUCUAAUUGAAGCCAACGGAGAACUAAAGGUCUUUAUAGACCAGAACCUUAGUCCUGGGAAAGGUGUGGUAUCUCUUGUAGCUGUCCACCCAUCCACAGUGAACACACUUGGAAAGCAGCUUUUGCCAAAAACCUUUGGACAGUCCAAUGUCAAUAUCACACAGCAAGUGGUGAUUGGCACGCCCCAGAGACCUGCAGCAUCCAACACUAUUGUGGUAGGAAGUCCACACACUCCCAACACUCACUUUGUGUCCCAGAACCAGCCGUCUGACUCCUCACCUUGGUCUGCUGGGAAGCGGAACAGGAAAGGUGAGAAGAAUGGCAAGGGCCUACGUCAUUUCUCCAUGAAGGUGUGUGAGAAGGUGCAGAGGAAAGGGACCACCUCCUACAAUGAAGUGGCCGACGAGCUGGUCGCAGAGUUCAGUGCUGCUGACAACCACAUCCUACCAAACGAAUCAGCUUAUGACCAGAAGAACAUCCGGCGGCGUGUCUACGAUGCCUUAAAUGUGCUCAUGGCCAUGAACAUCAUUUCCAAGGAGAAGAAGGAGAUCAAGUGGAUUGGCCUGCCCACCAACUCAGCUCAGGAGUGCCAGAACUUAGAGGUGGAGAGGCAGCGGAGGCUGGAGAGGAUCAAGCAGAAGCAGUCACAGCUCCAGGAGCUCAUCCUGCAGCAAAUCGCCUUCAAGAACUUGGUGCAGAGGAAUCGCCAAGCAGAGCAGCAGGCCCGCAGGCCACCUCCUCCCAACUCUGUCAUCCAUUUGCCCUUCAUCAUUGUCAACACCAGCAGGAAGACGGUCAUUGACUGCAGCAUCUCCAAUGACAAAUUUGAGUAUCUGUUUAACUUUGACAACACGUUUGAAAUCCAUGAUGAUAUUGAGGUGCUCAAGCGCAUGGGCAUGGCAUGCGGACUAGAAUCGGGGAACUGCUCUGCUGAAGAUCUCAAGGUGGCGAGAAGUUUGGUACCAAAAGCUCUAGAACCAUAUGUGACAGAAAUGGCUCAGGGAUCCAUUGGUGGAGUGUUCGUCACAACAACAGGUUCUACAUCCAAUGGCACAAGGCUGUCUGCCAGUGAUUUGAGCAAUGGUGCAGAUGGGAUGCUGGCCACAAGCUCCAAUGGGUCUCAGUACAGCGGCUCCAGGGUAGAGACCCCUGUUUCCUACGUCGGGGAGGAUGAUGAUGAUGAUGAUGACUUUAAUGAGAACGACGAGGAGGAUUGAUUGCUCAACCUGUAGACCCCCUCUCCCUUCAUAUCAGCUUCAGGAAAAAACUUCUAGAGAAGAGAAACUUCAAGUGGGACUUUGUUCUUUUUGGCCUCCUCCCAAGAAGAUACCCGUGAGUUGUGGAGUUAGCCGUGCGCCUCCAGUAAGGAUGGUACCCGCGGUCUGAGCCGCGUGGCAGAUGUGCUUUGAAGCCAGCGUGCUGUUGCAGAGCCUGUAUUUACUUUGUAGGAUUUUGUGUUUUCGAUUUCUCUCUCUCUUUCUUUCUCUCUCGCUCUUUUUAAGUUUGAAGUUUAUUUUACCCCUCAACAGUUGCUGGGUUUGCUGAGGAAACUGCACUGCACCCAGACCAGUGACAAUAAUAAAAUGCUACCCUGCCUCGGCAUCCGGCACCCGCUGGUGGAUAGCCAGGCUUUAGGAUGAAUCUUCUUUUCAUUUGUUAAAUCAUGCAGUGUCCAAAGAACCAAGCCAAUUGCAAAACUCUACUUUUUAAACAUUAAGCGCCAUACGUCUUAUUAUGACUUUGUUUUUCCUUAAAUUAUAUUGACUGUUGUAAUUCCAUCAAGUUUUUACACUUUUUCUCUAUUGCAGCAACAAAUUGCAAAGUAGUUUUUCUUGUUUGUUUGUUUUCGUUUUGUUUGGAAGCAGUUUACUGCCACGCUGGUGCAGCUAUGGAAAUUGUCUAGAAAGUUUGCUUAUGGUAAAUUUGCCUGAUUUCUUACAGGCUACGUUUGGAAACUUUUUAUUAUAUAGUUGUUUACAUACUUAUAAGUCUAUCAUUUAAAGACGUGUACUGAAACAAAUGUUGUAUUUGUUUCAUAAGCAUCUUCCUGUAAUCUAUUAUAAAGUUGAAAUUAAACAUAGAGAAUGUUUUAACAGUUUUUUAACUCAAAAUUUGUCAAUCAUUUUUAAUAGUUCUUUUUUUAUAAAAAGAAAAAGGAAUUUAAGGACAGGCAAUAGUCUCUUAAAAUUUAUUCACAAAAACUCGUUAACUGCACAGUUGCUCUUAGCUGCCUGUUCUAAAAUGAUAGUCUUUUUAUUGAAACACAAAUAAACUUUUCUGUAAUAUUUUAUGGAAUAUAAAGAGACUUUAAUUGUUUGACUUGUUUAACUCGGCACUGUUAGUUUUUAUUAAUAAAAUGUGCAUGGGCAUUUUAAA